CAUCAUAUCUAGUGGAAUAAAUAUUCUGGGCUCCAAUAAAAUCGACCGUUUGACAUUUUACUCAGGCAUAGAGGAUUUAGUAUUAUACCAGCGGCGCGAUGACGGAGUUUCUCUGGGAUCAGGACUUCUAUAA